AUGUCAUUUAAAACAAGGAAUCUAGUAAAUUGUCCCCUUUUUGAUGCACCAAAAGAGAUGAGUUGUGUUAUGUUACCAACGUAUGAGUGUAUCAUAAAAGAGUUUUUAUGGACGAGGAUUGGAUUGGAGGUCAAAUCUGUUAAUAGAAAUCUUCUUGUAUCUAAACCAUCGAAGAUUAUUGCUAAGCGAGCUGAAGAUAUAUGGAAAAACGCUAGUAUUCCAAUAGUAAGUCAUCAAAGGAUUGUCGAACUUGUGAAGCAAUCUUAUGACAAAUAUCGAAACUUGCUGAAGCCGUACAAGCAAACGCAAAAUGUUGCCUCGUACAAACUAAAAGAUGGAUUUAUUAGGAACACUUUAGAUUCCAGGGCAAGAAUGCCAAAGUUCGAAACCAACAAGGAUUUUAGUCAUUAA